CGCACUACACCUCCUCCUACGUGAAGCAGCAGGGUACAUGCUAAGCUAGCCGCAGCUUUAGCCUCGCAGACUACACGUCCCCGCGAACAGACACACGACAUCGCUCUCGGAGAACUUGCCGAACCCGGUGGUCCACACAUCCCCAGGGGUAAAUACCUUCGGCCUGCAGCAGCCUAGUGCAGCCAACAACAACAAACCUCGCAAUGGGCAAAAAGACUCGCGAAGACGACGACUCGUCCUCCGAUGAGGAAGAGUAUGUUGUGGAGAAGGUGCUGGACAGGAGGGUGGUGAAGGGCCGAGUCGAGUUCUUCUUGAAGUGGAAAGGAUACUCAGAGAAGCACAACACCUGGGAGCCGGAGAAGAAUCUGGAUUGCCCAGAACUUAUUUCAGAAUUCAUGAAGACCUACAAGAAAAGCAGCAGCAGCAGCAGUAGCAGCAGCGGUGGUGCUGCUGCUGCUGCUGCUGCUGGUGGUGGAAGCUCCACACCAAGCAGCGGGUCCAGCAAAUCCACAGCGGGCCCCUUGGGAAGGACCAAAGAAUCGAAGAAGAGGAGCUCAGAUGAUGACGAAGAAGGUGGAAGUAAAGCCAAAAAGAAAAAGGAGGAAGACAUUUUAGUUGCUCGUGGCUUUGAAAGAGGACUUGAGCCUGAGAAGAUCAUUGGAGCAACUGACUCCUGUGGGGACCUAAUGUUCCUUAUGAAGUGGAAAGACUCUGAUGAGGCUGAUCUUGUGCUCGCCAAGGAGGCCAAUCACAAGUGCCCACAGAUCGUCAUAGCCUUCUAUGAGGAGCGUCUCACCUGGCAUGAAGACAGUGACAAGAAGGAGAAGGACGCGGUCACUGCGUGAGGGCAUCACCUCAGGAGGAAAUGGGACCUCCUCCACUGCAGGGACAAGCUUGAUUCAGACAUUUUUCACAACCAAACCUCCCACCCUUCCUCUUUACCAUGUCCAACAACAGAGCACAAUGGGCCCAGACUGCUGAGAAGAGUCCAUCAGACAGGAAGAGAAGCUGGCAUGGAUGGAUGGAUGGAUCAUAUGCUACUGGGGAGGGUUUUCGCUGUUCUGUCUUUGUAUUUUUAACCCUCUUUUUUUUUUUACAUGUGUUAUCACGUUUAGUGCUUACAGGAUACGAUUUAAGUCGGAAAGAUAUUUUGCAUCCACUUGUGCAGGUGGUCAUCUUUUAAAACUCAGAAUAUCGUCUUGAAGCCAGGGUUGGGACAAGCUGCAUAAACUGAGCUUGUCCUGAGGUGGGUACACAAACCCCACCCUAAUGUAAGCAGUGUGCCGGUUUUCUUUUGAACAACCCAAUGCUAAUGAGAACCUAGAAUUUGAUAUUGAGGAAGCAACCGCAGCAGCAUUUUCUUCACUGCAUAAUCACUUCCUUUUUUAGAACUUUUUAUGUCGUGUAGAUUUCUCAGUUUGUUCUGUCUGCUGGGAAAUAAGCAAUUCGGUUUGUAAACUUACUGAGGACGCCGGCCAAUUCAUAUCUUUAUAAUAUAGUGAUGAUACCCUCGUUAAACCUUUUUUUUUAAUGUAAUUUGAUUGUUUUUAUCUCUUGUGAUAUCCAAGUUCUAACAUGAAUGUUGUGUUGUUUUUUCAAUUUCUUUAUGCCACCACCAUUCAAAGAAAAGGACAAUAAAACGAUUUUACUGAGUUUUGUAAUUUGAUUUUUGUUUUUAUUUUUUUUAACCCCUGCUUUUAACAGAAGUGUUAUAUUUGAACCAGACCUAUUUUUAGACAAUCUUCACUUUCUCUCAAUUGAACUAAACCAGCGUUAACACCAGCCAUUGAGCUCUGCCACCUUGUGGCUAAAAGAUGAAGAUGUUUUUGACUGAAAACCCUAUAGUUAGUCACGCAUUGAUGGAUUAUUAUUUGUAACUGUGUAAAACAGUUACAUUGAAUAUUUUUGUCAUGAUUGGAAGCAUUAAAACCAGUCUCUGAUCGGGUACUUUAAUAUGGAUUCAUCUGUGACAAGUAACUUGGUUUUGUUUGGCUAUAAGUAUUCAUAUUUUUCUGGGACGUUGGCAAAUUGAGCUGAAUUCUUAUACACAUCUGGAUAUUGAUAUAUUUUAAUUUUUAAAGGUAGAUAUGUUUUCAAACAUGUACUCUGAGGACCAAGUUUUAGUUUCUACAGGGGACAAUUGCUGUUUUUUUCCCCUCUUCCCCUUUUAUUUAAAAAAAGAAACUAUAUUAGACAUUGUGACUGGAGGUUGUGACCUUCUCCCGAUGACAUACAGAACUUAAAUCACUUGAGCUAAUAUUUCUAUUGAUAUUUUCCUUUAUUAAAAAUGACUGUCCUUUUA